GCUCGACCGGCCUUGGAUGAUGCUAUGAGGUUGGUGAUGGUGAUGUCGCUCCGUCUGCCGCUCUCGGUCUAUCCUUCGUGACUCGUUCAUUUUAUUUGACUUCUGCCAUCUACAACCUUCCUUUCAUCCUCCUCCUCCCUCGUCCUUGGAUCGUCAUCCUCACUACGGAGUAACUUUCCCCCCUUUCGUCAUCUCCCGCCUAAUCGUCAGAAAGGAAUAGCCAAAAAAAAAAUCCAUCCAUCCACCCACCUCAUACAAGCCCAUUUCAAUCACAGCUUCCUCGCCUCUUUCCCUUCCGUCCUGCCAUGUCGCUGAUCUGACUGAUUAAUCGUCCGGUCGUGCCGUCAUGAAGCUCGCCAACUGUCUCCACGCCGUCGUGCGGCGUAUCAUUCCUCUGGCCCAGCGACUGCGCGCCUCGCCGGGUCAUUUCUUCGAUGCUUGCUGGGAGUUUUCCCGUCGCUAUUUCUUCACCGUCGCCCUGUUUGCGCUGCUGGGUGCAAAGAUCCUCCAUCUCUACGCUCAUAUCUAUUCGCUGCCCCCGCCCAAAUUCCUGCUCUGGGGAAUCACCUUCUUCUUCCAGGAUGUCUGCGUCCUCAUCCUCAUCCGCAUCCUGACCCAGCGGAUCCCGUGGCGACCGGUCGCCAUGGCCUCAGCCUUGCUGGUUAUCCCCUUUAGUCUAAUGAUGUCAGGAAUGGCCGCCGCUAAUACCUCCUUCUACGUCGUCACCGGCGCCGAGAUUCACUGGCGCCAAGCCAAGACAUUCCACCGUGAUGCUGCCGCCAUUCGCACGCUCCUCACCGGCCUGACGGGCUUCCUGAUCGUGGAGGGCAUUCUCUUGACGGUCGCAUGGUUCACGGCAAACCAGGUGCAUCGUGGGGCCGGCGGGGUGCUCAAGGUUCUUGCAUGGCCGUUGCGUCAGCUGGGAGGAUUGAUCCGGAACCUAAUUUAUCGUGUCCGGGGCCGGCAACCUCCGAUGCCUCUCCCCGACCCGCAGGUCUACGAGCAGAUCGCCGUCGACGACUAUCGUGACGACAAGAGCGACGACGAAGACUCGCUGCCGAUGAACGAAUCCACCAACGUGGGAGCCUCGCAUAAGAAAGACUCGCUUCUGAAACGGGCAGGUGUCCUCGUGCCCUUCACCCUCCUGAUGUUUUUGCGCGCCCUACGUCCUUGGGACCCUGCCUUCUGGUUCCUGUCCGGCGCUCUGCCCUUCACGCCCUUCACCGAUGGCAGUCAUCGCCCUUCGCCCGUCGACACGUUCGGCAUGCCCGGCGACUAUCGCUGGUUGGAGGGCCGCAGCUCGCUGGCGGAAACUCCCGUCUGGGACUGGAUGCCCGAGAAGGCCUACCCCGGUUUCGAAGAUUGGGAUCACACGGAACGCCCGGAAUUCCACUACAACCCCAAAGAGGAUCCGCUGCACAUCUCCAAUCUGGAUAACCCGGUCUUGGAGCCCAUCCGGAACGCCCUGAAGGGCGAGAAGGGCGCCAAGAUCAAGCACGUCUUUCUGUUGAAGCUCGAGAGCACUCGCGGUGACCUGUUCCCCAUCCGCAAAGACAGCUUCAUGUGGAACCGCAUCGCGGAGUCAUACAAGGACAAGAAAUUGCCCCCGGAGGUGCAGCAGCGCAUCGCCAACCUCACCCGGACGGCCGAAUUCUUGACUGGGUUCUCCGACGGGUUCCACCACAACGAUACACUGCACGCCGGUAAGAAGACGUACGGCGGUAUCGCGGCGAGCAACGCUUUCACCACCGGUACCUACACGCUCAAGAGCGUGACGGGUACCGUCUGCGGUAUCACGCCGUUGGUCGCCGACUUCAACCGCGAGUACCAAUACCACAUCUACCAACCUUGCCUGCCGCAUAUCUUCAACGCGUUGUCCCACCAAGACGACAUUACGAACAAGACCGACGAUUUCCGCACCUGGCCUUGGCAUUCGAAGUGGAUGCAGUCGGUCACCGACAGCUACGACAACCAGGACAAGUUGACCCCCGAGCUAGGGUACCACGACAUCCUGACCAAGGAGCGCAUCGAGGAUCCGGAGGCCAAGCACUAUCCCCCGGAAGGCAAGGAGGUCAACUACUAUGGCUACGCAGACACCAAUCUUCGCGAGUACAUCCGUGAUGCUAUCGACGAAGCCGAGAGUAACCAUACGCGUCUGUUCCUGACUCACCUCACCGGUACCACCCACCACCCGUGGGGGUUGCCCGACGACGACCUGUUCCAGGAAAUCAUUGAGUCGUCGUGGACUAGCGGAUCCAACGGCGAUCUGAAUCGGUAUCUGAACACAAUUCACUUUGUCGAUGGGUGGCUUCAGGAAGUCCUGGACAUCCUGCAGGAAAAGGGGAUCGCCGAUGAGACGCUGCUUGUCAUGAUGGGUGACCAGUAAGUAGAAAUGUAAACGGGUGUAGAUGACUGGUGCUAACCUGACUUUUUUUUCCAGCGGUUUGUCCCUCCCCAACGACGGCGGAUCCACCCCCUAUGACAAUCCCCACAUCGGCAGCUUCCACGUCCCCAUCGUCUUCUCGCACCCAAAGCUCCCGCAGGUCGAAAUCAAAACCCCCGUUAUCUCUCAACAGAUCGUCCCCACUAUCCUUGACCUGUUGGUCGAGUCCUCGUCGCUGGGACCCAACGGCACGCACGCGGCUAAGGACAUUCGGUCACUGUACGAGGGUCAAUCGAUGAUCCGCGAGCUCAUUCCCCAGGACGCAAAGGACAAGAAGAAGCAAGAUUGGCAGUUCACAGUCAUGAACACCGGUGGUUCCUGGCUGGCAUUGCGAUCGGCGGCCCGUCCCAAAUAUCGUCUGGUGAUCCCGUUGAUCGACGAUCUCGAGUGGCGCUUUACCGACUUGGAGAAGGACCCUAACGAGAAGAAACCGUACAAGGAUUUCAACCUGGUGGAUCUGGCUGAAAAGCUGGAUAAAGAGUACGGUGAGGACGUUGUGGACUGGCUUCGCGAUGCAGCCCAUGUGGCGCAAUGGUGGGUAGUGGAUAAUUGGCACCGCUACCGAUAUCACCCCAAGCCCCCUAAGCACAAAGGUUGAGGGAUGAUUUUUUUCGCCAAAAACAAGGAAAAAACGAAAAGCCAAAAAAAGCCAGAGAAGGACAGGAUAUGAUCCCUGCCUUCUCCCCUAAUUUCCGCCUGCUUUUGGAAAAGAAGCAGUGCUCGUCGUCCGAACCCUGUGGCCCUGCGUUUCUUGGAAUCACGCAAACCGGAUUCGUCGCACCCGAUGCAUGUCGCUGGCACCGCAUGGGUAAAGGGCUUUCCUCCGGACACGCGCAGGACUCCUCCGAGUCCCUGUACACUAUUUCUCCGAUCUACCCGUUUCUUGUCUAUAGAUUACGAUUUUUUUGUUGAUACUUCCAAUGGAAUAUGGCUGAUGAUAU